GCUCACUUCAUGGUUUCAGAAGAAAUUCAAUAAUCAACAAAACUUGACAUUAGUCAUCAAGCAACAUGGCUGUGCGGAAGUGUUUGGCUUGUCUUUGUUACGUAUUGUUGCUGGGUUUUGUCUUAAGUGCUGAACGCAAGACACGGGAUAUGAUAUAUAAAGACAUCAUUAGCUUUGCACCUUGUGUAAGAAGAUUUAAUCGUGACAACCAAACAGGAUGCUCAAGUGAUAUGAAUGGUAACACAGGUGUUGUGCAUUAUAUUGAAAAUCUGGACAACCUUGAUUGGCUGCUUAAUAAGGGUCCCCAUGAACCAUAUAUGCCCAUAUUAUCACCACAGAUGUUUACAGCACAUGUUGUUAAAAAGCUGGCUGAUUCACCUAAAGUUAAUGGCAUGUUAGUGAUUCAUACAAAUGUUGAGGACCAGGUGAUGGAUGCAAAUUUCUCAUUCUCUCCCGACCAGUCAUGUCCUAACGAAGGAUUCGGGUAUGGAUCAUGUGGAAUUCAAUGGAACAAGCCUGGAUCCAACUUAUUUGCCUUAGAUUUCAACAUACCAAUUUUUGCCUUAACUGAUGAGGAUGAAGUUCAAAGUAUUGUAGGUUGCUACAAUGAUACAAAUAAACCAAACGAUAAAGGAGAAGCUCAGGAAUAUCCACUGUGCGCUGUUGAACUGAAGGAUUUCAUGUUUGGCGCUGUGAACACGGAAAUAUGCAUGCGACGAUCGACAAAUCCAACAAAUAUUGAAUAUGUCGGCUAUUGUGAUCCGCUAUCAGACUACAACGUAUGGGGCACGCUGAAGCCCACAAAUAAGAAAGAUCUACACACUGAUUCUGUGAUUAUAGCUGCAGCACCUUUGGAUUCAACAAGUUUGUUUUAUAAUGUCACUCCAGAGCCAGGUGUUGAACUCGCAGCUACUGGUUUCAUCACGUUACUGUCGGCAGCUUAUGCCCUUGGUAGUCUUUCAGAAGAUCAAAAGAGCAAACUAGACAAAAACAUUCUAUUUGCUUUUUUCCAUGGGGAAAGCUAUGACUACAUUGGCUCUUCACGAACAGUUUUUGAUAUGCAAAGAAAUCAAUUUCCAGUUGUGGAGGAUAACAAAAAAGAGCAGCCGGCCCAAGUAAACCUUGAAAAUAUUGCAAUGUUCUUGGAACUGCGCCAGCUUGGACUGCCUCAAGAUCAAACUUACUUUGCACACAAAGAUCCAGACUCUGAAGGUGGAAGUUACUUUUUUGAUAUACUGCAAGAUGCUUUUAGAUCAACAAGUGUGUCAUUAAAGAAGCCACCAAACGGCCAGCGUUUACCACCUGCAUCAUUUCAAAGCUUUUUACGUAAAAAUAGUAGCAUAGAUGGUCUGGUUAUAACUGACCAUGAGACAUACUACAAUAAUAGAUUCUACAAUAGUCGUUUUGAAGUAGCGUCAUAUUUAGGAUUAAACUUUACUGAUGAUGAGGAAGCAACAAGUCCUUUAGCAGAAAAAUUAAAUGAUGUAGCAACAGCAGUUGCUAAUGCUUUGUAUGUUGAAGCUGUUGAUAAUGCAUCAGUUGUAUACCAAUUAGAAGCUAAUAUUAAUAUUACUAGCCAGCUUAUUUACUGUUUUCUUUAUCGACCCACAUGCUCGUUAUUUCAAAGUGUCGUUGAUGAAGAAAAUGUUGCUUCAUUGUCAAAAAUUCCCUAUCAAUUUUACAUAGGAGUUCAUCCAACGGAGGCACAUCGUAGUCCUUUUGCAAGUUUGGUUCAGAAGCUUCUAGCUUCCUUCAUUCCUCUUGAUAUUAAUAAUAAAAUAAAAAGUGAGGAUUGUAAGAAUGCUGAAGGAAGUGAGCUCUUUGACUAUACAUAUAUGCAAGGCCCAGACAGAAAAGGCACGUGUGUGAAAAGUGCUACAGGAUUUACAGUUGCUGUAUCCCCAGCAUUCGUCACUGAUGUUGACGGCUUCCCACAAUGGAAGUCGGAAUACUACUCCACGUGGACGGAGAGCGCAUGGCAGACAUACACUGCACGUCUGUUUCUCAAACCAAGCCGCCAACAGGAGUCGCUGAUAUUUUCUCUUGGAAUGAUUGUCAUACUAAUUUCAUUUCCACUCGUUUACAUCAUAAAUUUGAAAUCGGAAACCCUUUUCAGUAGAGAAUGAACUUCAGCAAAGGUCAAGAUCAUUGCCACUCACAUGUCAGCCUAUUAGCUUAACUGCAUGUGUUUAAAUGACACGAUUCCUACAGCAAACAUCAGGUGGGAUAUUUAAAUCAAAUGUGAAUGUGGAUGAAACGUUUAACCAUCUUUUAAAAGUUUCCUCUACAAAGAGUGGAUGAUCAGGACUAUAUACUGUGCUGCCUUUUUUUUUUUUAAUUAUUAAUAAUAAAACAAAUAAGUAAAUAUUACAUUAAGCCUAUUAUUACAAUUUAAUAUUAUUUUUAUUAUAUUUUUUAGAGUCUAUCUCUAUUUUAUAUGACCCAAGCAGUACCACACUCUAAUUUUUGAGUGAAAAAUGGAAUGUGUUUGAUUUUGAGAAUGGUCGAGUAUAGGAGAAAUAUUGGUGGCAAUCGCUUAUUACACCUUAAUUUUUUCAUUUUCUUCAGAAGGAUUUAGAACUAUGUAUAUGGAAUAGAUGAUUGGUCAAACCAAAGUGGAUGAAAGAAAUUAUUUGAAAAUUUGAAAAAAAAUAAAAAAAGUUAUUAUUUAUAAAUUUAUGUUGAUUGAUAGAAUGUUUGGGAUGUUGCUACAUUGGAAGCAAGCAACAAGUCACUCUAACUCAGGAUCUUGAUGCAUUAAGUGUGUUUAUCUUCUUGUAAAUUAUAGUGAAAUACUUUUCAAAUGGCGGGUCCAAAAACAUAUUUAAUUGUUUGUGAAAUGUCAUUUGUUAGGUUUGUGUUUUGCAAGAUGACCCUGUAAAGUUGCAUUAUGUUGUUCCUCUGAUUUUUUUUGCUGUAAUUGUUCCCAUAUUGUGCUAGGAGCUAUUAAGCCGGGCAAUCAUUGCGUCGGACAGUUGUUGGCCGACGCAAUUCUAUGGUGAACACAACGCCAUGACGCGUACACAAUGCCAAGGCGUACACAACGCAAUGACGCGUGCGCAACAAAUGGUUUUUAAUGAUGAGCCCUUCAUACUGCCACUGGCAAUCAGCAGAUGAGGUCGUAUCUAAAGCUCACAGUGAGGGGAGUUGGAUUCCACGGUCGUACGAUCGUCGUACGAAGCAGUGAUUGCCCGGCUUUAGUUUACAAUAUUAUCAUCCUAAUUUACAUCUUUAGAUAUCACUGCACCAAAUAAUAAAUUUUUUGAUGGUGCGGAUUAAAAUUUUGUUCAGUAGAGAAUUGGUUAAAUGAAGACUUGUUAUUAAAUUUUGGGGAAAUAUGAUUAUCUAUGAAUAAUUAAAAUUGUGCAUGUCAUUGUUUCUUUUGCACAAAACAGUAUGAUAGCUGUUUUAUAUAUUUUAAGUGACUGUAUCUAUGUUAGCUGUAUAUCUGUGUAAACAUGUCCAUAUGCUUUUGUUUUUAACUGAAAGACUUAAAACUUGUUUACAAAAUUAACACAAAAAAGGGAAAUAUUCUUUUUAGUCGAUAUUGUUGAUAUAGAGAAGUCUAAUGAUAUUAAGAAGGGUUGAAUCUGUGUAGAAUCUUUUUGAUUAAUAAAUGAUUGAUGAUUAUCAUUUUUAUGUAAAAAAAAAACCCCCAUAGUUUUAUGGCAUUAUUGUUAUGACUUUCAAAUUGAGGAUUAAUUGUAAUAAAGAAGCUUAGUUUUUAGGAGUUUUGAAUGCAAUAGAAUUUCACUCACACCAAUGUAAUCAAGCGACAUUGCAGGCAACAUAUGUUUAUUACUUUUCAACAACCAAAAUUAACUCCAUUCCCAAAGUUCAUGUAUAGCAUCAUGUGUUUGUCUUGUGAAAGGGAUUCUAAGACAGUGAUUAGGUUCAUCUGCCUAAAAACAUUAGAAAUGACGCUAAUCAUAGGCUGUGGUGGGUUUUGUAGAAGCCCUUUACUUAUUUUGAAGCAGUGUUGUGCAGCGGGAAUGGUUUGUUUUCAAUCUGUUGCUGUGCAUUUCGCUGAUGUCUUUGAACAAGGCACCUUAUCUGCAUUGUUUCUAUCAUGGAGUAUACAAACGUAUACCUCCAUGAUUCACAUCCUCCCACAAUAAUGUAGGAAAAAGGUGCUUUGUACUGUAUCUGCAAAGAAAGACAUAAAUAAACUUAAAAUAUAUAAAUAAACUGUAUGAUCAAACUUUACAAUUUUACUUGGCAUUAAAUGUCUUCACUAAUGACUAUCCUUUAAAUAAUAAUUAAAUUGUCAAAAAAAAAAAA